AAUUAAUAUUUAAAAAACAAUUGCUCAAGCUUUUAAAUCACCUCAUCAAAAUAUUUAUUAAAAAAAUAUAAAUAAAAUUCCAAUGAACACUAAUUAUUUGUAAUAAUUUCUGGCCAUGCUUCACUUCAUAAAAUUUAUCGGAUUAUUUUUACUAAUUUGCACACAAUGUAUAAAUUUAAUUUCAACAAAACCUUCACGAUCAUAUAUAAAAAUAACAAAAUUUGUGUGUGAAACCGUCGAUACAAGUUUCAUAGAAUUUCCGAUUUGUGAUUUGAGUCGAAUUAGAGGAAAUGUUAUGGCGCUGAAUAUGUACGGAAAAUUAAAUAUGAAAAAUGUGGAAAAUAUAACGAUUAUUGCCAAACUUUUUCGCAAAACCAAUAAUAAAUUUCGUCCAUUUUUGUAUGAUGAUGUUAUUGAUUAUUGUGAUUUUCAUCUUAAUGCUAAACGUCAUGUUUUCUGGAAUUUAUUGUAUAGAAAUUUGGGCAAAUUUUCCAAUAUGAAUCAUUCGUGUCCCUAUAAUCACGAUUUGAUUAUACGAAAUUUAACAUUUGAUAUCAGUAAUCUAAAAGUUGUACCAAUACCUCGUGGUGAAUACAUGAUACAAUAUAAAUAUGUGGUCUGGUCCAUUUAUCGUUGUCAGUUAAUGGCUUAUGCUACUCGUUCCUGA